AUGUUGGAUAGAGAAGAAGAAAACCAGACAGCCACAAUAGAAUUCAUUCUCUUGGGAUUUGGAAAUCUCCCUGAACUGCAGCCUCUUCUUUUUGUCCUCUUCCUGAUUGUUUUUAUUAUGUCACUAACUGGGAACCUCCUGAUUGUUUUGCUCAUUGUGGCUGAUCAGCAACUUCACACUCCCAUGUACUUCUUCCUGGGAAAUUUAUCCGGCAUGGAGACUUGCUACAGCUUGAUUAUCUUACCCAAAAUGUUGGCCAAUUUGAUAAUUGGAGAGAGAACCAUUUCUGUUCGUGGGUGCAUAGCCCAAUUUUAUUUCUUUGGUUUGUGUGCUGGUAUAGAAACCUAUCUCCUGGCAGCAAUGUCCUAUGACCGCUAUCUGGCUAUAUGUAGACCUUUACACUACAGCACCAUUAUGCGUAGAAGGUUCUGUGUUCACCUCAUGGCUGCAACAUGGAUUAAUUCUUUGCUGGCUAACUUGAUUGUGAUCAUCAUGAUGGCUCAGCUAUCCUUCUGUGGUCCCAAUGUCAUAGAUCAUUACUUUUGUGACUUCAUCCCGAUUGUAAAACUGUCCUGCAGUGACACAAGCAUGGUUGAAAUCACCGCCCUUUUCUUUAAUUUCAAUUUUAAUGUUGCCCCAUUCUUAUUGACUCUCACAUCCUAUGUUUGCAUCAUUGCCACCAUCCUAAAGAUCCCAUCCACCACUGGAAGGAAAAAGGCCUUCUCCACCUGCUCCUCUCAUCUAAUUGUGGUUUGCAUAUUUUAUGGCACUUUAAUCAUUGUCUACAUGUUGCCAGACUCCCCAACUCUAAGAGGUCUGAAUAAAGUCUUCUCCAUUUUCUAUACCAUCUUGAAUCCUUUGGUCAAUCCUCUCAUCUACAGCUUGAGAAACCAAGAAGUUCACAAAGCCCUAAGACGAGUUUGGAAGAAAUUGAACAUCUUUUGCAAGGCAUGA